GCUAGCAACUAAAAUAACUACCCUACCGGCACUUUCUUCUUCUUCUUCUUCUUCUUCUUCUUGCACCAAAGGUUUUGCAGAAACAACCACCAAAAAUGCGAAGCUGCAUCAUCAACCUCUGGAUCGUUGUCGCACUCUUCGUCCCUGUUCUCCUCUCUCUCAGAAGCCGUCGAGGCGAAACCCAAAUCCAAACCACUCCUUCUUCAUCUUCUGCUGCUUCUUUCUCUGAUUCUUCUUCCUUCUCCGUGAAGCUUGCCAACACAUUCCAAUUCAACCAAAGGAUCCGAGACGGCUCCAAUCUUGAAUAUGAUUUCUACAAGGACACGUGUCCCCAAGCCGAGGGCAUUGUCCGUUCAGCGCUCACGCGCAUUUACUUCGACCACAGGGACGUUGCUCCUGCCCUGCUUCGUCUCUUCUUCCACGAUUGCUUCAUCCAGGGAUGUGAUGCUUCGUUGCUGUUGGAUGAGAACGAUGGUAAUAGUAACAGUUCGGUGGAGAAGCAGGCUGUGCCAAAUCAGACACUGAGAGGUUUUGACAAGAUUGACUUGAUAAAGGAGGAGGUGGAGCAAGCGUGUCCUGGUGUUGUGUCUUGUGCUGAUAUAGUUUCUCUUGCAGCAAGGGAUUCUGUUCUUCUGGCUGGUGGGCCAUUCUAUCCAGUUUUAACGGGAAGAAGAGACAACCAUCAAUCGUUUUUCGAAGAAGCAACUGCUCAGAUUCCCAGACCAGAUGAUAAUGUUACACGCACAUUGCAUCUCUUUAAUCUCAGAGGAUUUAAUGCAAGAGAAACUGUCAGCCUUCUUGGAGGACACAACAUUGGAAAAAUUGGUUGUGAUUUCAUUCUGCAAAGGUUAUACAACUUUCAGGACACAAGACAACCAGAUCCUAGUAUACCUCCUGAUUUCCUUCGUCAGAUGAGGCUAAAUUGUCCAAACAAUUCAAACACCAACACCAAUAAAGAUGAGUUUAUGACUUCAAAGCCUAUGAGCAGUGAUGUUCAGUCUAAAUCAGGGAUGUCAUACAUGCAAGCAUUGUCAACUUCAGUGUCAUCAGGUUCAACAUUUGACACUCACUACUACCAAAGUCUGCUAAGAGGAAGAGGACUACUUUUUGCUGAUCAGCAACUGAUGGCUGAGGAUAAAACUGCUAAAUUGGUCUCUGCUUAUGCUUCAGAUGAUGGAUCAACUUUUCGCAUGGACUUUGCCAGAGUCAUGUUGAAAAUGUCUAAUCUUGAUGUUUUGACAGGACUUCAAGGUCAAGUUCGACUCAAUUGCUCCAGACCUGUGACUUCUUGAGUCAGUAUAUAUGUACAUUUCAGAAAGUUCAUUCUUUUGUACAGUUUGUUAAACCAAUUUUGAUUUUUGAUGGAAUAUACAUAUGGGGGCUAGUUUUGAUCAUCUAAACUGUGGGGUUCAGUUGUAAAUAAAAAUAUGGAUUAGUAUAUGGAAAUGUUCUUUCAUUUCUCACCAUUCAA